AAUCACAAUUUAUUUUGUAGUUAUCUUUGUAUUAUUCCUCUAUUUAUUAGAUUAGUUGGUUUUUUGUAAGAUAUCCAUCGCAAGCCGUCAAGCCUGAUGCAAAACUCUGUGAAGAUCUGGGCUCUAUCUUUAUCAAUCGAUUAUUAUGCUGUUUUAUACCUAACCCUACAAAUUCAAAGCUUAUGGUGUCCUUCAUGCCAGUCCCUGGAUUAUUUCGUAUCCUAUUAUAUCUUCUCGCUGAUGAUUAAAGAUUUUCAAUCAGCCUGUUGUUUUGUUUUUGUUGGAAAAGUGUCCUUCAGGUUACGUUCUCAUUUAAAAUUUGGUAAAAUUCCUUGUUUUCUUAGCAGUUUUCUUUUGCUAGCUUAAAGUUUAGAAUACGUGCAUACCUCCGAGUUACUUAACUAACCAGCCACUCGAUUUACUAGCUCGGAAAUCAACAUGACGACCCCAAUGAAACCUUUCGAAUCUAAAGUAUGCAAAAUGAUGCUAGUUUCUCGAAUGGUCUUGGAAGAGGAUCAUCAGAAAGCAGCCUGUGAAGGUGACCUGACAAACUAUAUGGAACACUGUCCACAGUGGCUGAAAGCCCGAGACAACACCACUAACAACUGGAUGGACCUUGAUUGCAAGAUGACCGAAACAAUUGCCCUUGUCCGCGCUAUUGGAGCCAAAUACUUCCUGAUCCCGGAUGAUGCAGCCAUGGCAGAUAGAGCAGAAGAGGUUGAGAAAGUUCUCUUCUCUGUUAUGAACAGCAUGGUCUACCUCAUCAACAAGAUCUGCUUUGCAGCCAACAACCCUGAGAAAUUCUUCGACCCUGUCUACGCUAACCAAAGGUUCUCUAAGAAGUUCGUUUCGUUUGCUAAGAAGUUGGAACCUCUCCUGGAAGGACCCUUCAUCAUGGGAGACACCCUCCCUAUCCACGCUGACUACCUUCUCUACGCUUGCCUCUACGAUCUUCGUGUCUUCCUUCCAGAACCCUUCGAAGGUUCUGACUACCCAAAAAUCACCAACUUUAUGGACAAAUUUUACACGUACAGGAGUCCGAUUAGAAGAUGGUUUGCGUCCGAGGAAUCAAAGAUGGGAGAGUAUAUCCGACCACCUGUGCCUCAUAUCAUGACCCUGUUAGCUGACUCACAAGCAUUGGUCAAGAAUUUGGAGUGAACACACUGGAACAAUAAUCCCUCUGCACUGGAAUAAUAAUCCUUCUACACUGGAACCAAAACCACAUCAAAUGUCCCUGCUGCUAUUGUAAUGGCUUAUGUUGUGGCAUUUCUUGUGCUAUUCCUUUCAAUCCUGAAAUUUAUCUCAUGGUUUUAUUUCUCAUCAAACAAUAUGAUUGAAUUGCCUUUAAACUUAUUCAUUUCCUUCUUCGUUAUGGUUUUAGGUUUUAAUUUACAAUAUAUAAUUACCACAUUACUCGUCCAAUCAACUAAUCAAUAAUUCGAAUAGAUAGCCCAAGUCAACAUGCCGAUGAAACCUUUUGACUCCAAAGUAUGCAAAAUGAUGCUAGUUUCUCGAAUGGUCCUGGAGGAAGAUCAUCAGAAAGCAGCCUGUGAAGGCGAUCUGGCCAACUACAUGGAUCACUGUCCCUGGUGGCUGCAACCUCGAGACAACACCACUAACAACUGGAUGGACCUUGAUUGCAAGAUGACCGAAACAAUAGCCCUAGUCCGCUGUAUUGGAGCCAAAUACUUCCUGAUCCCGGAUGAUGCAGCCAUGGUUGAGAGAGCCGAGGCAGUAGAGAAAGUUCUCUUCUCCGUUAUGAACAGCAUGGUCUACCUCAUCAACAAGAUCUGCUUUGCACCCAACAACCCUGAGAAAUUCUUCGACCCUGUCUACGCUAACCAAAGGUUCUCUAAGAAGUUCGUUUCGUUUGCUAAGAAGUUGGAACCUCUCCUGGAAGGACCCUUCAUCAUGGGAGACACCCUCCCUAUCCACGCUGACUACCUUCUCUACGCUUGCCUCUACGAUCUUCGUGUCUUCCUUCCAGCACCCUUCGAAGGUUCUGACUAUCCUAAAAUCACCAACUUUAUGGAAAAAUUUUACACGUACAGGAGUCCUAUUAGAAGAUGGUUUGCGUCUGAGGAAUCAAAGACGGGAGAGUAUAUCCGACCACCUGUACCUCAUAUCAUGACCCUUCUGGAUAGAUAGAUAAAUAUGCUGAUUUAUGAUGUUGAUAAUGAUAUGACCUUUUGGAAGGGUGCCAAACACCCACGCUGACUACAUUCUUUCACUUUAACUCCACCAUCUUGGAUUUAUUCUUCCAGAACCCUUCUGGUUCUGACUACCCUAUUAUCACUGGAACAAUCAUCCCUCUACCAAAACCUUAAUCUAGAUAAAGUAUAAACCAUAUUUCCCUCUUACUAUUCCUAUUUGAAAAUAUUGAUUAGAAUUCUAUAUAAUAAUGACUUAUGUUGUGCAAUUCCGUUGUAUCUUGUAUAACGUUUGCUAUCUAAGCUGAAAGCUAUCCUCCGGUUUUAUUUUUUAUCCAACAAUAGAAAUGAAUUUGCUUUAAACUUAUCCAUUUCCUUCGUCUUUAUGGUUGUAGAUCAUAAUUUACAAUUUACAAUAUAUAUACUUAUCGCAUUGUUUGCCCAAUCAACUAACCAAUAACUCAAAUAGAUAACCCAAGUCAAUAUGCCGAUGAAGCCUUUUGAUUCCAAAGUAUGCAAAAUGAUGCUGGUUUCCCGGAUGGUCUUGGAAGAAGAUCAUCAGAAAGCAGCCUGUGAAGGCGAUCUGGCAAACUACAUGGAUCACUGUCCCUGGUGGCUGCAACCACGAGACAACACCACUAACAACUGGAUGGACCUUGAUUGCAAGAUGACCGAAACAAUUGCCCUAGUCCGCUGUAUUGGAGCCAAAUACUUCCUGAUCCCGGAUGAUGCAGCCAUGGUUGAGAGAGCCGAGGCAGUAGAGAAAGUUCUCUUCUCCGUUAUGAACAGCAUGGUCUACCUCAUCAACAAGAUCUGCUUUGCGCCCAACAACCCGGAGAAAUUCUUUGACCCUGUCUACGCUAACCAAAGGUUCUCUAAGAAGUUCGUUUCGUUUGCUAAGAAGUUGGAACCUCUCCUGGAAGGACCCUUCAUCAUGGGAGACACCCUCCCUAUCCACGCUGACUACCUUCUCUACGCUUGCCUCUACGAUCUUCGUGUCUUCCUUCCAGAACCCUUCGAAGGUUCUGACUAUCCUAAAAUCACCAACUUUAUGGAAAAAUUUUACACGUACAGGAGUCCUAUUAGAAGAUGGUUUGCGUCUGAGGAAUCAAAGACGGGAGAGUACAUCCGACCACCUGUACCUCAUAUCAUGACCCUUCUGGAUAGAUAGAUAAAUAUGCUGAUUUAUGAUGCUGAUACUUGAUAAUGAUAUGACCCUUGGGAGUUUGGAAGGGUGCGAAACAACCGCGCUGACUAUAUUUUCUCACUAAACUCCACCAUCUUGGUUUCUUUCUUCUAGAACCCUUCUGGUUCUGACUACCCUAUUAUCACUGGAACACUCAUCCCUCUACCAAAACCUUAAUCUACAUAAACCAUAUUUCCCUCUUACUAUUUCUAUUUGAAAAUAUUGAUUAGAAUUCUAUAUAAUAAUGACUUAUGUUGUGCAAUUCCGUUGUAUCUUGUAUAACGUUUGCUAUCUAAGCUGAAAGCUA